AUGAUUGGCAGUCUAUUCUUCAUUUUGAAUCGGAUCGUGGAGAUCAUUUUCCUGAUUCCCAUCAUCGGCAUGAUGGCCUACUUCGUCAACGGCUACCUGAAAGCCAACAUGCUCACCCCAGCUUACAUCCUCGUCCUAUUCAUCACCAGUGUCCUUGCCGUCUUCUGGGCUAUCGACACCUUAAUCCGCUUCAGCACGACAAAGCGCUCUGCAAUCUUCGUCGCAUUCGUCGACAUGCUUUUCUUCGGCGCAUUCAUUGCCGGCGUCUAUGAGCUGCGCUUCAUCGCCAACGCAGACUGCGCUCACUGGUCCGGCGGCAGUGUCUGGAUUUCUCUGGGCCCGUUCGGCGAGUACGGCGAGCAGACAAAUAACCCGCUUGAGCUGGACGUGAACAAGAACUGUGCGAUGCUGAAGGCUUGCUUUGCUAUGGGGAUUAUGGAGACGGUCUUCUUCAUCUGGACUGCUUUCCUCGCACUGUUCUUGCAUACUAGGGAACGGGAACGGGAACGCGUCGUCGUCGAGAAGAAGACUGCGCCGACGUAG